UUUCGAAAACUUUGACAACCUCUGCGUAGUGUAAAAUUAGAUUUAUUUCCCCUCUGUAUCGAGUUCUUGAGUCCAUUUUAAUGAAAUUGAUUUAAUUGUACUUCCAGAUGGUUGCUAGGAGGUUGUUGUGCGGUUGCUAAGGAAAUACAUUUAUCUGUAAAUAUCGCUGCUUAUUAUCGUUGGUGCAUACAAAUUCAAUUGAAUGAAUAUUUAAAAACAUGGAAAAUGUAGUUUUGUUUUUUAACUAGGUGCUCACUAACAUUUUAACAUUCAGGAUAUAUCAGUGUCUCUGGAGAACUGAAGCAGUCUUCAGCUAAAAUUAGUAAAGAUCAGUUCCAUGAAGAUAUUUUGAGCAUUUCCUACCAUAAAUGAAUCAAAACUCCAUUUUUGAUUCCUAAUAUUCAUUGCUAAGAACUUCAUUUGGACAAUGGAUAAUAACAAACCAGACAUCAGUGGAGAGAUGAUUUAUUCACAAAUAAAUUUCACAAAAUUGACCCAAUGACAGAUGUUUGUACUCCGUCAUCGAAUCGAUUAUAAAAUAAGAUUUUUUGAAAGCUAUAAGCGCUGAAUAACUCCACUCAACGCCAUCAUCAGAUGAGUUUGUGAUUGCCGUUCGAUUCCUCGGGAUGCUGUCGGCUCGCUCUUCAUCGGCUGGUAAUCCCCUGGACCACGGCCCAAGCCCCACUUCCUCAUCAGCGCUUCUCCUUCCUCUUAUUGGCUCCUCGGCGGCCAAUCAGCCUGCAGCGAGGCUCAGAUGCAGAGAAGGUGUUGUAGAGCAUUAAGCUCCCAACCGCCUCGACCGCAGAGGAAGUCUGUAACAGGAAGUCGUGGGUUCAAAGUAAUCACUUUCACUAGUCCAGUUUUGCUUUUUUUUUUUUUUUUCAGGCUGGUUCCUUUCGCACGUGGAAGGAGAUAUCACAACUCUUUUUGCUUUCGCUUGUUGUUUCUCAUCCUUGAGCUCACAUACGGAGCCCUGCUCCACGAUGAAGCGGAUCUGCGUGGCUUGGCAGCGGUUCCUCGUGGCAUGACGACCACUAACAAAGGAAACAAGGCCUUGAAGAAGAACACAAAAGAAGAUAUUUUGAAGAAUGUUGGUAACGAACAGUUUCGGCUCCCAUUGACUUCUAUUAUAUGGACAAAAAAUACAAUGGAAACCAAUGGGAACCAAGACUGCUAUGACAUGAGGGUGAAGAGGGAGCCCGGGGAGAACGGGACGAGCCUGACGGACGAUGAGCUGGUGUCCAUGUCGGUCCGCGAGCUCAACCAGCACCUGCGGGGCCUGUCGAAAGAAGAGAUCCUGCAGCUGAAGCAGCGCCGGCGGACGCUGAAGAACCGGGGCUACGCCGCCAGCUGCCGCGUCAAGCGCGUCACGCAGAAGGAGGAGCUAGAGAGGCAGAAGGCGGAGCUCCAGCAGGAAGUGGAGAAGCUGGCUUCGGAGAACGCCAGCAUGAAAGUGGAGCUGGACGCACUGCGCUCCAAAUACGAGGCUCUGCAGAGCUUCGCCAGAACUGUGGCGCGGGGGCCCGUGGCCCCGGUGUGUAACGCGGCCGUCCCCGUCUCCCCCCGAGGGCCCCUGGCCUCCGUCAUCGGGCCCCUCAUUCCCGGGAAGGUGGGAGCCACCAGCGUUAUCACGAUAGUUAAAUCGAAAACCGACGCGAGGUCUUAGUAGCGCUCCGAGGGGACGGGUUGGUCAGUGCACGAGGGUUUAGGUGCGGGGCCCCUUCAGUACUCUCUAAUGUGGGCUAUUUCUGGAUUACAAAAGAAGGAAAGCACAUCUAGGACGGUCAAUUCACUUGGGCUUCCAAAACGAUCUCCAAAUUGCUAAAGUCGAAUCUGAAACCAUGCAGCCAAAUUUUCCUGUGUGUCGUGUUGCUGUGAGAUUUGUAAUUUUGUACAAACAUCGGCGACUUUGUAUCGUGCGUUCCACAUGGGGUCCAAGUGUUUUCUUUGUCAUUGUAAUAUUGUACUUUUUAUACAGCGUUUGUGUCGGUUUCCUCUUCGGAUGUGCAUUUUUUCCGUCCUUUGGUUUUCACGGACUGCAGGCACAAAACACUUUAAAGCGUUCGGACUUCCAAUCUCUAUCAGCCAAUGAGAAGCUCCCUUUACCCGAGCCUCGUUUAUGCACUGACCAAUCGGGCGGAGGAGGAGAGGAGGAGGCGGAGUCAAAUCAGCUGAUGUUGUUCAUAUGGUAGCUAUCAGAAUAUCUGCCACCAGUUUAUGCGCUCCGGUCGUCCGUUUCAGGACAGGAGAGCGUUUUUAUCGGCGAGGCAAUAACGCGUUUAUGUUGUUUAGGUUAUCACGUCUCUCGUCGUCUUGUGAAUCAAGAGAUGUUUCGCUUUCUUUUCGGCCAGAGGAAAAAAAAAAAAAUCCAAGUUUCUGUUUUUGAAGGACGGGCUGUUGGGUGACAUAAACUGGUGAAUCUCACGAGCUUUACCAUAACUUUGUUGCUGUGACAUUGCGUAACGUAUUCUAAGAAUCUUUGUCAAUAUGGUGGAGUCUUCAAUUUUAUAUAUAUAUAUACACAUAUAUAUAUAUAUAUAUAUAUAUAUAUGAAAAC